AUGGCCAUGACCUGUAUUAUUGACGUUGGUUCUGCUUACAAAUCCUUCAUCGUGGCAAGGCCUUCCUACGAAAAUGCAGUGCUACGUGACAUGGACUUGGUUGGUACCCAUCCCACAUUUGGCGCUGAUAGCAGCCCGAUGCCAGAUGUGAACCAUGAACCUGGCUUUAAGCUGGUCUGGCCAUUUAAUAUCCCAUAA